AUGUCGAGCCCAUCGCCGCUACCCAUGCCCACGCCCACCCAGAACGUGGUGCUGGAUACCGCGAAGCUUCCCCCUGCUACUUCAUCAUCGGUCUGGGAUCGCGUGUCGAAGUGGGUGUCUGACAACAAGGCUCUGGUUUACACCAUUGCCGGUGUUGCCGUUGUCCAAGCCCUCUUCCUCCUCGUCUCCCCCAAGAAAAGCAAAAACCAGCGCCGGAAAGAAAAGAAGGCUGGGGAGGACAAGAAGACCAAGUCCGCUUCUGUUCAGGAUGAGUCUACCGCGAAGAAGGCUGAGGAGCCCGCCGAGGAGCUGCCCCAGGUUGAUGAAGCUACCGUGGGUCAGCUGUCUGAGGAGACCCGGAAAGACUACGCCGCGAAGCUGAAGGCCGCUGGCAACAAGGCCUAUGGUGCCAAGGACUACCACAAGGCCAUUGAUCUUUAUGGCCGAGCCAUCAUCUGCAAGCCCGACCCCGUCUUCUACUCGAACCGCGCGGCCUGCUACAAUGUGUUGCUGAACUGGGAGAAGGUGGUCGAGGACACUAGCGCCGCUCUGGCUAUGGACAGUGAAUACGUCAAGGCUCUGAACCGGAGGGCCAUUGCCUAUGAGCACCUUGGCAAGUACAGCGAGGCUCUCCUCGACUUUACCGCCAGCUGCAUCAUCGAUGCUUUCUCCAACGAUGUCAGCCGCAACUCCCUCGAGCGCCUGCUGAAGAAGGUUGCCGAGCAGAAGAGCAAGGCCAUCUUGGAUGCCCGCACUAAGAAGCUGCCGAGCGCUACCUUCGUCUCCAACUAUCUGCAGAGUUUCCGUCCCCAGUCUCUUCCCGAGGGUCUGGAGGAGUCGGUCGAGCUGAGCGACGACUCCGGCCAAGGCCUGCUCCGUAAGGGUCUGAUCUCUAUGGGCAAGAAGACCGGUGAGGGUUACGAGGAUGCUGCCGCUUCUUUCGAGAAGGCUCUCCAGGCUGGUGAGCUUGGUGACUUCGAGGCCCUCGCCCUCAACAUGCGCGCUACCUUCACCUACCUUGGCGGAAAUGCCACUGGUGCGCUGGAGGACUUGAACAAGAGUGUUGAGAUUCAGCCUUCCCUGGUCCAGAGCUACAUCAAACGUGCUAGCUUGCACCUUGAGCUCGGCAACAAGGACGCUGCUGCCGACGACUUCGAACUCGCCAUCACUCACAACAAGGACGACCCCGAUAUCUACUACCACCGCGCUCAGCUCCACUUCAUCCUGGGCGAGUUCGCUGAGGCUGCCAAGGACUACCAGAAAUCGAUCGACCUGGACCGCACCUUUAUCUUUUCUCACAUCCAGCUUGGUGUGACCCAGUACAAGAUGGGCUCCGUUGCCUCCGCCAUGGCGACCUUCCGUCGGUCCGUGAAGAACUUCGAGGAGGUUCCCGACGUCUACAACUACUACGGCGAGCUUCUGCUUGACCAGCAGAACUACGCCGAAGCGAUCGAGAAGUUUGACAAGGCCGUGGAGAUGGAGAAGCAGAGCAAGCCCAUGGGCAUCAACGUCCUGCCCUUGAUCAACAAGGCUCUGGCCCUGUUCCAGUGGAAGCACGACUUCCAGGAGGCCGAGAACCUGUGCCAGAAGGCCCUCAUCAUCGACCCCGAGUGUGAUAUCGCCGUCGGCACCAUGGCCCAGCUGCUCCUGCAACAGGGCAAGGUCUCUCAGGCCUUGAAGUACUUCGAGCGUGCUGCUGAGCUUGCCCGUACUGAAGCCGAGAUUGUUAAUGCCAUCUCAUACGCUGAGGCCACCCGCACCCAGCUGGAGGUCCAGGAGAAGUACCCGCAACUCGCCGCACGCCUGAACGCGAUGGGCGCGAUGGGCGCCGGUGGUGGUGCCCCUGCUGGCAUGUAA